GUCGCUGUCGCAAUUCACACGCUUGCUAUCGCCGCAGUGGAGCCUAGUACGAGGAGUGCGUUUGAUUGUUGAGAGCCUCAAUGGCGGAUAGAGCGGGACAGUAGCUUUGAGGACAAUAACAUCUCGGUACUUCUCUAUUUGUGGCGUGACUUGAUCCGCCGCGCAUGCAGCAAAGUUGCGGUAGUUGAGGCUUAAAUCUGUCACAUAGGCGGAUAUAACCUGGCUAGCUAGCUAAGUGCAUCGGAGUUCUCAGCAGAAAUACAGCGAAGGAAGUUGAUAUUUCAAUUCAUGGUGGCUAGUUAAAUAUGGGGGACUCUCUUGAACUGAUUGGGAAGCGACUUCUACUGCUCCUCAACGAUGGCAGGUCCGCAGCCGGACCCGAAGCGGAGCAGUCCACUUGGACUCGCGACUGGCUCCGGGGGACCGUCCGGGCUGUCAGCGUCAUAGGUUUGGCCAGCCCAGGGGUAGAGGUGAGCGGAGGAGAGCCGACAACAACAGCAGCUGCGGGGCUGACGGUGUUUGUGGAGUUUGAGGACUGUGCGUGGCGCAGGCGCUCCUGGGUACAGGUGUAUGGGGAGGAGGUGAGAGCUGUACUGGUAGAGAGUGCCAUUGUCUGGGCUAACUGCAGUCAGCCCAACCAGAACCACCCUGCAGCUGGAGUAACCUCUGGGACAGCCUGGCCAGCUCUGGCGUUCCGGUGUCUAGUGGACCGUGUGGGUCUGGGUUCCCUGGUCCCAGUGGAGUUCUUUGGGAGCAGAACCCUGGACUUCCUCCCUGAUGGGAAUUCACUCCAGAGAUUUGAGGCAGCGAAAGACGUGAGGCACUCUCUCCUGCUGGAGCAGCCUUCUCUGCAGGCUGCAAUUUCCAGCUGGCACAGUGACUUUGAGCUGCAGGAGAUCCUCAGGAAGGGCUCCUACACCGUCCAGGGCCGGAAGGUUCAGGUGUACCAGUGUGAGUUUGAGGAGCACUGGGCCCUGGGCCUGGUCUCUCGGCACGACCCCAAAUCACACAUCAUGGAGAUCACCAUGGACCAGGGAGAGGAGACUCAGGUGGUGGAUCCCCGGUAAUACACGUGAUGCUGGCUGAAGAUCACUUUGAUGAGAAAGGGAAGAAUGCUCGACGGAGGAAGGAGAGUGACGGAGGGAAGGGCGAGAGCGGCGCGUAGACGGAGGACAGCCUCGGAGGGCGAGGAGGACAUGACCUGAAGCGCUUUAAGGGUUCGGGAGAGGGAGCAGUGGAUGGACAGAACGGGAGCGGCUCCACCAAGGCCUCUGAAGAGGGGAUGGUGACAUGGGGAGCAUGAG